CCGGAGACUCUUUACCACUGUGUCAUAUGAUUUGGAGUAGACAUGAGUACUCUUGUGUCAAUGUUUACAGGAAGGAUGCCCACCAAGGGUAAAUAUAUUGCUGGGAAACAAGUGUCAAGAUGGGAUGCUGAAUCUGAAAAAGUUGAUAUUGAAUACAAAAAUCUAGACAAUGCAUCGACUUCCAAAUUGUCCUUCUUUAGUGGGCAGAAAGGGUGUGCCUUAAAACUCCUCCUGUUGGCUGCCUGCCUCGCUGUGGGCAUGAUUGUUGGUUACAUCAUCCGACGGAACGUGCACGAUGUCUUCCUUCCACCCAGUCACAAAGAAACAACACUACACAGCAGCAACCAGGAAAUACAAGAUUACGAUGAUAAUCUACGACUCAUGAUUCAGCAAGACCUUAAUGAUGCCAAUAAUUUUGAUGACCAUAUAAGAAAGGUGACAGAAUUUGUACAUCUGUCCGGAGUGGGCUAUACCAACAGGUUCAUUAAGUAUGUCCGAGACAUGUGGGGGACCUUCCGUUUUGACAGCAUUGACAUUCGCAAAUAUGGUGUGACGCUGUCAUACCCCAACUAUACGAAUCCUAACAGCAUCAUUGUGAGAUCACGAAACUCAACUGUGAUACUAGAGAGUCAUUCUAACAUGUCGAAUGUACAUCCAGAGUACAUGCCCUUUAAUGCCUUCUCUCCGGCACUCGCUGUCAAGGGUAAAUUAGUCUAUGCAAACUACGGUACAAAAGCAGAUUUUAAACAGCUUAGUCUCCUGCACGUCAAUGUUACAGGAAAAUUAGUGAUCAUCAAAUACGGGCAAAUUCACGCAGCCAACAAGGUGCGGCAUGCUGAAAACAACAAUGCAUCAGGUGUGAUAUUUUACUCAGACCCAGUGGACUUCGCCCAUAACCAGUCGUACCUGGCCCCACACACAUGGUGGCUCCCUGGCUGGGCCAUACAGCUCUACCAUGUCCGGUAUAACCUCAUCGGGGAUCCACUCACACCGGGCUACGCAGCUAUCAACGGCGUGUACAGGACUCCGCCCUCUAGUGACUGUUACCCUAAAAUCCCAUCCCAGCCAAUCAGCUACAACGAUGCCGCGGAACUGAUGAGGGACAUGCGAGGUCAAAUAGCUCCCAACAAAUGGUUUGGUGGACUAAACAUUACUUACAGACUGGGACCAGAAUAUCUUAAUGACAGGACUGUGGAGCUAACGGUCAACAACAAGGACGACAAACGUAACAUUUCCAACCUGAUAGCAGUGAUAGAGGGAAAAUACGAAAAAGAUAAAUAUAUCAUUGUGGGAGCACACAUAGAUUCCUGGACGAAGGGAGCUGUUGACGCAGGGUCAGGCUACGCUGUCAUCUGGGAACUCGCACGCGCAUUUACGUCCAAAGUGGAGAAAGGUUGGCGGCCACGAAGAUCCAUUCUGUUCGCGCUAUGGGAUGCAACGAAAUACGGCCAUAUUGGAUCAUUUGAAUGGGUACAGGAGUAUGAAAAACAGCUGUUGACUGGAGCCGUGGCCUAUAUAAACCUGGACGCAGUCAUUAGAGGUAACUACUCCUUCUAUGCUGAGGCAAGUCCACUGUUAUAUAGCGUCAUCAAGACAGCGGCCGGUCAGGUUCCGUGUGUCGACCCGGACUACCACGACAUGUCUGUGCUACAGAUGUGGACCAAGAAGUUCCCCGACCUCACCAACAGUUCACAGCCCAGGAUCUAUCCGUUGGAAGGUGACAGCGACCAUUCUCCAUUUUACUACUAUCUUGGUGUACCUUCAUUUUCACCAGCUUACACCUUUAAUGUAAAGCUUUAUAAAAACUUACCAACCUUCCCAGCCUAUAGCACGUUAGAGGAUACGAUCAACUACCUACAAGUUUUCAUCGAUCCAAAGAUGGAGUUACAUGAAACAGUGUCCAAGGUGGUGUCGGACGUCAUACUGAGGCUGGCAGACAGCGCCAUUAUUCCACUCGAUACACAAAAUUACAUCUCCAUUUUUGAAAAUGGAAAAACAUAUUUACAGACACUGAAAUCUGUGUUUGUAGUCGCUAAUGUCAAUCUUGAUACUUUAAUUGCAAGAAUUGAUGAUUUUUCAAAAACUGUCUUCACAUUUUCAUCAAAUAUAACAAAUUUAGAUGUAUCUAAAUUAAAUGAAUAUCACUUACAUCACCUGAACCACAAACUAGUACAGGUACCACGAGUAUUUAUAAUACCUGAAGGGUUACCUGGACAACCACAGUACAGAAACAUUCUUAUGUCGCCACAUCCGGAGGAUCUCAACUCACAACAAGUGUUCCCCGGGAUCGCAGCGGCACUCAAAGACGCUCUCAACGACCAGAAUUGGUUACCAAUGAAAAAACAGAUCUCUUAUUUAUUAAUAGCCUUACGACAGGCCACAGACUUACUUAGUGAUAGCAUUCUGGGGGAAACUCUAUGACUCUAGUAAGGAUCAAUGUUUCAUUUUUCAAUUUUACUGUUGUUUCCUUUUCUGAUUUUAAUGUGCGUAAGUAAGCUUAAUCAGAGUGUAAACAACAGAUUCACAGAUAUUACCUGUGAUUCUGAUUGAGUGUAAGCUGAGUGUUAAAAACAGAUUCCCAGAUAUUACCUGUGAUUCUGAUUGAGUGUAAGAUGAAUCAGAGUGUAAACAACAGAUUCACAGAUAUUACCGGUGAUUCUGAUUGAGUGUAAGAUGAAUCAGAGUGUAAACAACAGAUUCACAGAUAUUACCGGGGAUUCUGAUUGAGUGUAAGAUGAAUCAGAGUGUAAACAACAGAUUUACAGAUAUUACCUGUGAUUCUGAUUGAGUGUAAGCUGUGUGUUAAAAACAGAUUCCCAGAUAUU